AUGGUAUUUGACACGACGCAUACGGGUGCACCAAACGAAGGGGUGUUUUCAACUACUCAUGAGCAAUUCCUUCAGCAAUUGGGUGAUAAGAUUAGGGCCCAAGACGAUUUGCCGUACGAGUUUAGAGCGUUGGAGGGGAUCCUCAUGUACGCAUUGGCCAAUUUACAAACUGAAAUGAAGGUCCACACAAAUGUGUUGCGAAAUUUGUUGGAGGGAUUAGAAGAAUCACUCGACAAAACAAGAUUACGAUAUUUAUUGAUUCAGUCGAAGAAAAUAUCUCAGUUCCACCAGAAGGCUCAAUUGAUUCGUGAUUUGGUCGACGGGAUCUUAGAAAACGACGACGAGUUGAAUGACUUAUAUCUAACCGAUAUACAUCAGAAUACACCACGUGUGGGAACAAACCAUACAGAGGUGGAGAUCUUAUUAGAAUCGUACUACAACACCUCAGACGAAGUGGUGCAAACGGUUGAAAACUUAAAGUCGCAAAUUAAAACGACCGAGGAAAUCAUUAAUAUUGUGUUGGACUCAAACCGGAACGAAUUAAUGCUCUUGGGGUUGAAAUUCUCCACCGGCUUGUUAUCUAUGGGUAUCGCUUUAUAUGUGGCCGCCGUAUAUGGAAUGAAUUUGGAAAAUUUUAUAGAGGAAACUGAAGGUGGCUUCGAGGUGAUUACGGUUUUGGGUUCCUUGAUGAUGUUGUUCUUGCUUUUCUAUAGCGUAAGACAACUCCACAAGUUGCAAAGGGUAACAAUGACUGGAUUAAUGGGUAAGGAAAGCAAAAUGGCUCCAAAAAUGGACUCUUAA